AUGUCUACCACACAGGGGGAAACACCCCGCGCGGUUUUGCCCAACGAGCUCAUCUUCGAAAUUACAAAACAUCUCUCUCGCAAGGAUCUUCUCAACGCACGGUUUGUCGACAGAUACUUCAGCAAUGUAGCCGCCUCUUUGUUGUUCCGCUCGGUGACCUUGGGCACUGAUCCUGAUGACCUUGCGAUAUUUUUAUCCAUUUCCAAAUCAGAGCAUAUCAGGGUUCAUGUCAAGGAAAUUGUCUGUGACAGUACCCACGCCGGAACUAGCUGGGCGGCCUGUCUUGACUUAUUUUACUUCCUUAUGGCCCUCCCUCACAUCAGACUUUUCAGAAACCUAGAGGAUAUCACCUUUCGUAUGCACGUAUGGGCAUCGGAUAAUGAGGAAUGGGACCGUACAGUAAGAACUGUGACGCGUUGGAUGCUUGACAUAGUCUUCCGGUGUCUAGCCGGUUCUUGGACCGAAGGCGUUCAAGAUACCAUUGCUGAAAAGCUGUCGAAAGAGUUGAGACACAGAUUUGAGUUUGCCAGGUCUCCCAAUGAAUUUCCAAAGACUCCAAUUCCCAUCAAUACAAUCAAGCUUUCCGAUCUGGAGGACGAGGUGACGGACGAACUUACGAACGAAAUCAUCAAUACAUGGUCGUUCCAGGCUGUGAUGAACUUGAAGAGCCUGGUGGGUAUGGAGAUACAAACCGGGAGAGACGAAUGGCGUCUUUCAAAGACAUAUCCCAGGCCUCGUCUUAUGCAAGCCUUUGGCCGUACUUGGUUCACGCCCAAACUCGCCAGCAAACUCCAGUCGCUAUCCCUGAGCUCCGAGUACCCAUGGGGCUACUUACCAAAGAUGGACUUCCGCGUGAUCGGCAUCGAAGGUCUAGAGAAUCUCAAAGUCCUUUCUCUUGGGAACUACCAGUUCUCGCACUGGUGGCAGAUAGAGUGGUUUGGGGCGUUGCCUAUCGAAGAGCUACGCCUCACUAAUUGCGGUGUUUUGCGCUCAGACAAUAACUUACGUCAAAGGACUCUCGAGAUAACAGACACUGUGGUCCGAGACUCAAAAGGAGAGAUUCAUCGGUUUUCCAACGAGGGAUACUAUGUCACAGGAUCUCAAGGCGGUGCGCGGCAUUCCCCGCCUCUUGAAAGUCACCUCCGAUGGAAACAUUUCUUUUCGCACUGGGCCGAGUCGAUGGCCAACCUCAAAUUCUUCAGAAUUGAGAAUCAUGCCUUGACACAUGCAGAAUUUUCCCACGGCGGUCCAAGAAGACUUAAGAGUAUUGACUCUGCUCGCAAAUACCGACCUAAAGACAUAUGUGACUACUUCGACAACGGACCAGACUUUCAUGAGCGGUGGGUCGGUGUGGAGGACGCAGUACGGGAUGAAGCAGAGGGUUAUGGAAUGACAACUUAUUCAUCCUUUGUGCGGGAAGGAGAGAAAAAGGAAGAUCACGAGGCCUUGAAGAAACUGUUGUCGGUUGUAAGGGAGAGAGCAGGACUAGGGUGCCUGGAAGAGGCAGUAUUUGACCCUAAGAGCAGGCGUUGGGUUUGA